AGAGAGAGAGAGAGCGAGAGCGAGAGAGAGAGAGAGCGAGAGAGAGAGACGUGUGAUUUCUCUUUGUACUGAAUGAAGAGUUGAGGCCGGCUCUCUUUCUCUAGAAGCACAGUUUGCAUGCUGUAAAUAGCCCAAUAAGCCGGUCACUCUUCACGUCUCGCCGUCUCGCCGUCUUGUGUUUAUUGGAAGCGGCCGUCUCCUGCAAAUGUCCCUUUGAGCGGUUUUUGGACAACAAAAGCAUCAGGUCCAACGCUGUGUCUUCUCCGGGGGAUUCCAAGUCACUCAUUUAUCAGUCGGGGUGUUUUUUGUCUCCUCUCCGUCUCCUCUUCCACACUUCCACACCUCCGGGGGGGAUUUUCUUUUUGCGACCAUGGCUGCUGUAACGAGCCCGGAGACGAGCCCUCAACCUCGGGUAUAUUUCCAGACGCCGGCCGGCACCACGGAGGAACCGGAGACACCGGUUCGGAAGCAGGGACGCGUUACCGUCAAAUACGACCGCAAGGAGCUGAGGAAGAGACUGAACCUGGAGGAGUGGAUUAUCAACCAGCUAACGGACCUCUACGACUGUGAGGAGGAGGCCAUCCCAGAGCUUGAGAUAGAUGUGGAUGAGCUGCUGGAUAUGCCCAGUGACGUAGAACGGGGAGCCAGGGUCAAGGACUUACUGGUCGAGUGCUUUAAACCUACCGAGGUCUUCGUCUCAGAGCUGCUCGACAAGAUCCGAGGGAUGCAGAAACUCUCCACGCCUCAGAAGAAAUGAUGGCGUCCCUCCUCCUCCUCCUCUUCCCCCCCUCACAUCCUCCCUUCCACCUCAGCCCUCACCUCUCCUCUUCCUACCGUGCUUUCCAUCUUUUUUAUUCGAUGUCAUGAAAUACUUUAACUAAACCUUGUUUCCUCUCUUCCUCCACACCCUCCGCUUUAAACCUCUUUCUUUUAGUCUCUUCCUUGCCUGGAUCCAACCACAUGAAUCGCUUUUAUUUUUCAUCCUUCCCUUGUUGUUCAACUUUCUUCUUAAAAAACACCAGCGAAGAAGUAAAAGUAAAGAAUGCAUAAUAAUAAGCAGGCGAAAAGAACAACAAGCGAUUCAUUGGUCUCAACCCAAGCACUCUCCAUCCAUCUCUUUCUCACUCCUGCUCUUCCUUCACCCUUUGUUUGGCUUUACUCCUCUUCCUCACCCAGCUUUUCUUCCUCCCACCCUCACACCACCCUCCAUCUGUCUGAGGAGGAGGAGAAGAGGAGCAGAGACGAGAUGAGUCCCAUAAUUACUGAGAGAGUGGGAAGAGGAGUCUGCAACAGCCAAGAAAAGAGUGGAAAGGGUGAACGACGAAGGCGGAAACGGCCAAUCAGCUUGAAGCAGGGCCUAAUCAUUAUGUCUCCACCAAUGAGAUUCCUUAUUUGGUUAUUUGUAAGGGGUUUCAAUGAUCCAGCUACCAAUUAUGAUUCUUUUGAUACUUCCUAGUUCGGUUUGAGGGCACGGGGAUAUUCACUUGACUUUUCAUGUUUUUGACGGGGGUUAGUACAGUCUUUACAGAUAAUCCCCCCUUAAUCAGAGGCAUUUUGCUACAGUGGUGCAUUUAAAGACUCUUUUUUUGUGUGGAUCUGUUGAAAAAUCUGCACUAUGUCAUUUUGGGGAGAAAAUCUGAACCUCUGACCACGAAGAAUAAUGUGGUAUAUCUUUAGUCCAACAAAAAGGGACAUUUGAUCCCUUAAAAUAGUGGUUGAACCUUAAAAAAGUCACUGGCUGGCUGUGGUGGUCAUAGGGUCCAACUAAUUUUAGACUACAAAUCUUCCUUUGAGGUUAGAGUAGAAGUAGGUUCUCUUAGGUCGGGUGUGCUUGAAUAGAAAAUUCUUGGGGGGGAAAAAGUGUUUUUCUUUCCUCAAAUGCGCAGUGCAGUCGUAAGAGAGGCUCUUUAGAAGCCACUGCUGUCCAGCCUGCACAUGCAUUAUGUACGUCUGUGUGUUGCUAAAUGCUACGUGGGUAUGUUGCUACAUAAUGUACAGCAACUUUCAUAAUAGGAGUGUUUUUUUUCCUGGCCUGUAUAUUCUGCUGUUCUGUACGACAAAUUUAGAUUUUUUAGUAUAGGACUGGUUCCUGUUUUCUUUGUUUUUUUCUUUUCUGGAUGCAUUUUGUCACACACACACUGACAGUCCGACAGGGGGACCCAGAACAAAGCUGCCUUGUUUUUUUGUUUUUUUGUUCCAUCCCUCCCUCUUUGUGUCUCUUUCUCACUUCUCUCCUUUAACACUAGAAAAUAUUCAGUCCACCACAUUGUUUGUCAGUUCAGAGCAGUCACUCAUACAUGGGAACUCUGACAGUGUCUCCAUGUUGGUGUCGAGACGUCUGAAUGGGAGGGACGGAGGCCGCUGUUUUACAUCCAAGCUGUCUAAAUGCAUUCACCCUUCCUUUUCUUCUCUCUCUCACUCACUCACACACACAUACACACACACACACAUACAAGGGCCACCCCUUGGGGCGGAGAAAACGGAAACGCAUUAGCAAACACAGCUGCCUCUCACACAGAUGUGCACACACACACACACACACAAAGUGCUGAGAGAGAAAGGGAUUCAGAGACGGGUCCAUAGCUGUCACAAGAUCUGUGCGUUUCCCCGGCUGCAGCUGCCAAUCAUGUCCGAGAAUAAGCCAUCUGUUUCUCAUCCCGAGCCAAUCAGAUCAGAGGCAGAAGGCCGUCGGCCAAUCGGAGAAGCAUUUGCUGUGAUUCCUGUGACCAAUUGUGAACACCUGCGGUGACACCAGACCUCCACUGUCUGUCUCUUUUCUCUCUCAGUGCCAACACACACACACACAUUGGCUCAUUUCUAUCUUUACUGCUCUGUCAUUUCUCCCUGGCAUCCCCUCUCUCCUCCUCCAUCCUUUUGUCCACCCUCCCUUUAUCCCUUCUUCAGUUUCCUUUCCUUUUUUUAAAAAAAACAGAUGUUGCCUUAGGUAUUAUUUAUGUUACACAAACCAAAUAAACGGGAGACAUUCAUUUUUAAAGAGGUAACGCAAACUGCUAAACACGUGCGUUACCGAGCAGAACUCAGAUCAAUCUUAGAUCUUCUGUCGCUCCUUUUUUUUUUUUUGAAAAACAAAAUGAGAUUCUGUUGGGUUUUUUUUAGAAGUGAGUGUUUAAUACUUAGGCCUUGAUACAGUGAUUUUGUUUAGAUGAAACAAUGUUCUUUACAUUUACCGUUUGAAUACUGGUCUGUUUUUAUUGUGAUCAUGACACUUCUUGAUGCCAGGCCUUGGAUUAUAACAUGUUAGUUGAACAAAAAAAUCCAUUCAGAUACACUUUUGGUGCGAUUGCUGUUGCCUUCCUAGCAGGGUUUCCAAAUUUGUUGGAGACAUCGGAUUGUACCAGGCAAGCUCAAUCAGUAGGUGAAUUUGAGUGGAUUUUCAUUUCUAAAUCCGGGUUUGGAUUAUACCUUCUUAGACUGUUAUUGAGAAGUCUGUUUUUUUACUGUUGGGGAAAAUUGCAAAAAAAAUAUAUAUACUGAUUAUCAUCAUUGAGGCUAAAUACAAGAGCUAAACCAUGCGGAUUGAAGGAGCGGAGGUGUUUUUUGGACAAUGAUUAGAUCAAACCAACAAACAAAUGUAGCAAUAUCAACAACAGGUCUUGUUUUUGCCCAAUUUUGUUACACUUUUAUGCAACUUUAAUAAAAACAUGUAAAAUGGA